AUGCGAUCAAGCUGCAAGGAAGCUGUUGAGAUUGCUGUUGACUAUCUGGAGAAUGUGGAAAAGUACAGACCUUUCCCAAAGGUCACACCUGGGUUUCUUAUUCCACAAAUACCUUCUGAUCCCCCUAUUGAAGAAAUAAUCACGACUUUUUUCAAGGUAACGCAUUGGAACCACCCCCACUUCCACGCCUAUUUCCCAAUGGCUAACUCCUAUCCUGCCGUCUGUGCUGAGAUUAUUGGAAGUGCUAUUGGAGGGAUCGGAUUCACAUGGGUAAGACAUUCAUAA